UUAUCAUCAGAAAGUGUCUCCCACACAUACCCUCUAAUCAAUCAUAUACACAAGAUUACAAUAAGAGGAAAGUUCAGACACAUCACUCUACAUUUGUAUUUUAUAUUUCACAUACACCACUAAGCUCCUUCUUCAUUUGUUUUUCAUAUAUUCUACUACUACUACUUAAUAAGUAUUUUCUUGUUUACAUGCCUAUUCCAAGAGCUCUGCAAAAUUGACCAACUCUGCUUACAAGUAUUAUCCUCAUCUGUAUCCUUAGAGUAAAAUGAGCACCUUAGAUGUUGCCAGAGCAGAGCUUGCACUUGCAGUAUUGUAUUUGAACAAAGCAGAGGCAAGAGACAAGAUAUGCAGGGCUAUACAAUAUGGUGCAAAAUUCCUGAGUGAUGGACAGCCUGGGACUGCUCAAAAUGUCGAUAAAUCGACUAGUUUAGCAAGGAAGCUAUUCCGUCUCUUCAAGUUUAUCAAUGAUCUUCAUGCUCUUAUUAGCCCAAAUGCCCCAGGAACCCCACUUCCACUCAUCUUGUUGGGAAAGUCGAAAAAUGCAUUACUAUCAACUUACUUGUUUCUGGAUCAAUUUGUCUGGCUUGGAAGGUCAGGCAUUUACAAGAACAAAGAACAAACGGAGUUAAUUGGCAGGAUCUCUUUCUUUAGUUGGAUGGGAUCCUCAAUUUGUACCGCCUUGGUGGAGAUUGGAGAACUUGGAAGGCUUUCAUCAUCGAUGAAAAAGUUAGAAAAGGAACUAAAGAAUACUGAUAAAUAUAAGAAUGAGCAAUAUCGAAGUAAGCUUCAACAGUCGAAUGAGAGAUCUCUAGCCCUGAUUAAGGCAGGCACAGAUAUAGUGGUUGCUGUUGGAUUACUUCAAUUGGCACCCAAGAAAGUCACCCCUCGUGUAACGGGAGCCUUUGGAUUCGUUAGCUCGUUGAUUUCAUGUUAUCAGUUGCUUCCGUCACCUCCAAAGGACAAAGCGUUCUGAUAAAGGUCUGAUGCUGCUCAAGAAUUUCCCAGAUCACCAGAAUAAGUUGUUAUAAGUUUGUUAUGUGCUCACUGGUUAUAAGUUUUUUAGCAGUUUGUGCAACAAGUUGUGGUGGAAUUACACCUUCUGUACUAUAUCUUUGAUAUUGCUACUGAACGUUAUAAUUAUGUGUUUUUAAGUCUCAUAGAUCUUGUUAUCAACGUUAAAUAAUAAAAGAUUCUAAAUUAUAUAUACUAAUA